AUGAAGAGUGACUGCAUGCAAACCACAGUAUGUCAAGAGAAAAAAGAUCCAAUAGAAAUGCUUCAUUCUGGGCAGCUGGUGAAAGUCUGUGCCCCAAUGGUUCGAUAUUCAAAGUUGGCUUUUAGAACAUUAGUAAGAAAAUACAGUUGUGAUCUAUGCUAUACACCAAUGAUAGUUGCUGCUGAUUUUGUCAGAUCUAUAAAAGCCCGAGACAGUGAAUUUACUACAAACCAAGGUGAUUGCCCAUUGAUUGUUCAGUUUGCUGCUAAUGAUGCAAGACUUUUAUCUGAUGCUGCUCGUAUUGUCUGUCCUUAUGCGAAUGGAGUAGACAUUAACUGUGGUUGCCCUCAGAGGUGGGCAAUGGCAGAAGGUUAUGGAGCUUGCUUAAUAAACAAGCCAGAGCUUGUUCGAGAUAUGGUGAAACAAGUAAGAAAUCAAGUGGAAAAUCCCAGAUUUUCAGUAUCUAUUAAAAUAAGGAUCCAUGAUGACCUUACAAGAACUGUAGAUCUUUGUCGAAAGGCUGAGGCAACAGGAGUUUCUUGGAUUACAGUCCAUGGAAGAACUGUUGAAGAAAGACAUCAGCCGGUCCACUAUGAGGCUAUUAAAAUAAUUAAGGAAAAUAUGUCUAUACCUGUAAUUGCUAACGGAGACAUCAGAAACUUAAAAGAAGCAGAAAAUGUAUGGCAUAUUACUGGGACAGAUGGUGUGAUGGUUGCAAGAGGACUCUUAGCAAACCCGGCCAUGUUUGCUGGAUAUGAGGAAACCCCACUGAAGUGCAUCUGGGACUGGGUUGACAUUGCUCUUGAACUUGGAACUCCAUAUAUGUGUUUCCAUCAACAUUUAAUGUACAUGAUGGAAAAGAUAACUUCAAGGCAGGAAAAAAGAGUAUUUAACGCUUUGUCAAGCACAUCAGCAGUCUUAGAUUACCUUACAGACCAUUAUGGGAUUUGACUGGACUUCUAAAUUUCCUUAGUAUUUACUUCACUUUAUAUCUACAGUGAAACCACCCAAGGUCACAUUUUGGUUUCUACUUUAAGUCAGUGUCUCUCACACAUUAGCUUAAGAACACAACCCUGAGAACAUUUUAAAAAGUUCGUCCUAGACCCCAUCCUCAGAGAUUCUGAUUCAGUAGAUCUCUAGGUGGAAGCAAAAUUUAGUUUUAAAGAAGACCCCAGGUAGGGGGCCUGGGUGGCUCAGAUGGUUUGGGCAUCUGCCUUCAGCUCCUGUCAUGAUUCCAGGGUCCUGGGAUGGAGUCUUGUGUUGGACUCUCUUCUCAGUAGGGAGCCUGCUUCUCUCUCUGACUCUCUUUCUGUCUCUCAUGAAUAAAUAAAUAAAGUCUUUAAAAAAAAAGAAGAAGAAGAAGAUGACGACGAUGACAUCAGGUAGAUCAUACAUCCUGGUCAUCCUUCCAAACAUUGACAAGUAAUUGCUCUGAAUACUAUUAUGAAUUGAAAGAAAAAAAAGACCCUCAUUUUUUUUUCCUGAAAGGAAUGGUGUUUUUAACAUUUUUAAAUAAAACUUAUUUUAAUGCUAAAAGUGUAAGUCCUAUAGUAUUUAUAAGUUAACAUGAAGCAUGUUUGAAUGAAAAUAAGUGCAAAGUGACAAAAUGAAUGCCAAUUCUAUUUAAAAUGAAAAGGAACAAGAAAUCCUGUAUAGAAUUACUUUCAGGGCUUAGAUUAAAAAUUUAAAUUGGGAAAUCAAACUGGUACUUCCUAAUUCAUGAGUGAAACCUCGAUGUAUUUAUUUUAAAUGAUUUUUUUUUAAAGAUUUUAUUUAUUUAUUUGACAGAGAUCACAAGUUGGGGGGGGGGGGGCGGGGCAGGGAGCAGGCUCCCUGCUGAACAGAGAACCUGAUGUGGCAGUACCCUGAGAUCAUGACCUGAGCUGAAGGCAGAGGCUUAACCCACUGAGCCACACAGUUGCCCCAAUUUUAAAUUGUACGUAACCAAGUUUAAUCAUGUGUGAUGUUUUCAAUAAUUUUAAAACUAAGAUCCGUGAAACUCUUUAAAUGACAUUAACUUUGUUACAUUUCAAGUCUUCUAGAUCCUAGAAGAUUGAUAACUUGGUAAAUACACCUGUACCUAAAAUAAAAUUAGUUUUAGUCCCCCAAGUUUUAUGUAUAAAAUUUUGGUAGCUAACCUAGAGAUGAUUAUAUAUUUGAACUAUUUCUUAGAGAAAUUUAAUUUUUAAUUUAAAAACCUAAUUUUCAUACUGUUUUUAGUGAUUGAUUUAUAUUUUUAGGCCUUCCAGCAGUGGAUAAUAAUUUUAAUUUUUUUAAAUAAUUUUAAUUUCCAUGGUCUGGGAGUGUUACUAAGAGAAUUUUGUUAAUGAUGAGUGUGCCAUUGCAAGAAUUUAGUAUCUCAGUUAUGAAAAAUCCAUAGUUAAGAUACUGGUCUAUACUACCAACAUGAGAACUGUAUAAGGAGACAGCUAUCUGUUUGGCAAUAUUAAAUGAAUCCAUUUUGAAAUAAA